AUGUCAGAUGAAGAUCUGGAAGAUUUUGAGCCAGACCAGGAUGAUCUUGAAAAAGAUGAUGAUGAGAAGGAGACUGAGGAGGGAGAGGACUACAGGAAAGAGGGAGAAGACUUAUCUGAGGAUUGGAUACCCAACCCCCUCUCAGAGGACUUGAUGAAAGAAGGACUUUCUUUGCUUUGUAAGACUGGUAAUGGACUGGCUCACGCUUAUGUCAAGCUGGAGGUCAAAGAGAGGGAUCUGACAGACAUCUACUUACUACGCUCUUAUAUCCAUCUACGCUAUGUGGAUGUUUCUGAGAAUCAUCUGACAGACUUGUCCCCACUCAAUUACCUUACCCACCUGCUCUGGCUCAAGGCUGAUGGUAACCGGCUGCGAAGUGCCCGUCUGGAUGAACUGCCCUAUCUGCAGAUUGCCAGUUUUGCUUAUAACCAGAUCACUGACACUGAGGGCAUCUGUCAUCCUCGUCUGGGCAGCCUGGAUCUCAAAGGGAACCACAUUCGCAUGGUGACAGGUCUGGACCCCCAAAAGUUGAACAGCCUACACACACUGGAGCUUCGGGGAAACCAGCUGGACAGCACCCUGGGGAUCAACCUCCCUAAGCUAAAGAAUCUAUUUCUGGCCCAGAACAUGCUGAAGAAGGUGGAAGGCUUGGAGAAACUAAGCAAUCUCACUACCUUGCAUCUUCGAGACAACCAAAUUGAAACUCUGAAUGGCUUUUCUGAGGAAAUGAAGUCCCUUCAGUAUCUAAACCUGAGGGGCAAUAUGGUGACUGACCUGGGAGAGCUAAGCAAACUUCGGGAUCUACCCAAGCUUCGGGCCCUAGUGCUGCUGGAAAACCCAUGCACAGAUGAGAGUGACUACCGCCAAGAGGCCCUGGUACAAAUGGUGCACCUUGAACGCCUGGACAAGGACUUCUACGAGGACGAGGAGCGGGCUGAAGCUGAGGAGAUCCGUCAGAGGAUGAAGGAGGAACAGGAGCAUGAUCCUGAGCCUGAUCCUGAGGAGAAACCAGAUCAGUCAACAAAGCAGCAGCAGCUCUAG